AUUUCAACGAGCGCAUAGGCAACAAACUCAGUUAGACUUUCAUCAUUAGUAACAUUCCUCAGGUUAGCAUUUCUCGUGCGGACACUAGAAACGUAAUUUGAAUUCAUAUUUUACUGUUUAUAUAACAUGUGUUUAGUUUUUAAAGUGAAUAGUUAGUGUUAUCCGUUUAAAUAUCCCGAAAAUGUUGGCUAAAAGUAACCAGUUAAGGAUUUUUUUCGUUCUUUUGUUUAUGGAAUGGAUAAAAUUGGCAUGGAGUCAGCUCAUAGAAACGGAUUUCGUUCCUCAAGUUUCAGCGACGUGCAAGGGAAGCCACAUGAAUAUAAGGGUUAAUUUUAAUAAUUCCUUUACCGGAGCAAUUCAUGCGCGAGACUUCCGGACUCCGGCCUGCAUGACCUACGGUGAUGGAUCGAAACACGCCAGUCUCGACAUCAAUCUUAGGGCGCAAAUUGGAUCUCCAGAUUAUUGCGGAUUAUUCGUAAAUAAUAAAACCGAAGAACGAUCCAUUCCGAUAGCAGUGCGCAUCCAUCGUACUCUGGAACUAGCCGACGAUAAAUUCUACGUGAUCACGUGCGGAAAAGCUGGCUUCAGGAAUGCUCGAAACGAAACUUCUUUAGUAUCUCUACGACUCGUCGAAAACAACCGAAAAAUAUCAGAAGCCGUUUAUCACCGACCGUACACGCUGAGAACGGAGAUCUCCAGGCCUGACGGAACCUACGGCUUUAGGGUAAAGAAUUGCUUAGCGUUUAACAAAUUCAACGACAGCGUUUUGCUGCUGGACGAACGAGGGUGCCCGCUCGACGAAGAAACCCUUCUGGGCCCUUUUAACUACGACACGAAGAACGGAAUCGCCAACGCUCCUCUGAAAUCGAUGUUCAGGUUUCCGGAUGGGUCAGAAGUUAAUUUUCAGUGUGACGUUGUGCUCUGCAAAGGGGCUUGUAUUCAACCAUCGUGUUUGGACGAUGUAGCCAAGUCCAGAGCGCUCAACACUGAUGAAGGAAUUCUGAUGGCAGCUACCAGCGUUUUCGUGGUGGAUCCGGCAAACGCACCGCAAAUUCAAGAACUCUGCGAAGGCGAAGGUGGAGUACGCCCUACGUGGUUACUCUGGUUGUGCGUGGCGCUCGGUGUGCUAUUCCUCCUCAUGUUAAUAAUUAACAUAUUCUUGUGCUCUGCAAUGACCUGUGCCUGCGCGAGAACUGAAAUCAUCGAAAAAGAACCCAGUAUAAUCGAAGAUUACGAUCCGUACAGGAGCUGGCAUGGCAGUCAAUACGGAUCGAGGUAUUCCUUGAAUGGUACUCCUCAUCAUCCGAAAGGCUACACCUCGGGCGGCUCCACCAUGAACUCGACCAGAUCGGUAUCAUCGCAUAGCGACCAUUAUGCAAUCGUGCAUUCCAGACCGGGAAGCAGGAGUUACAAUUCGAAGCCUCGGGGGCCGCCAUCUCACAUCGGUAGCCACUACAGCGGAAAGUAAAUUGGAAGGGUACUUUCGUACGUGUGUUCACCAUUUAUGUAAAAAAAACUCGAAAUCGAACGCAUACAGUGUGGGAAUAAAAUUACCUAAAUACGGAAAAUUUAACUAUUUUACUUCAUUAAUCGUUUCCUAAAAUUGUACAGAUUACCAUUGUUAUAUUCAAUUUGGUUUUCACACUAAAUGCAAUGAAACUCGAACGUUCUAUUAGUAUAAUAGACUCGAUGUUGAUAAAUUAUUAAUUAGUUGCUAGUGAUAUUAUAAUUAUAAUAACAUUUCUUUAAUAUUCUUUUAAGUGUGCGCUUAUCACGACAUUUUCGAAAUAAUCAAUUCGAUAUGUUACACUCGUGAUAUGGAACGUAGUUAUUGAGUAUAAUAGUUCUAAAAAUUCAUUUGUUACUCUAUUAUCUAUUCUAUCUAAAUUUUUAUAUAACUAAUUGUUGUAAAUUUUAAUAUUGUUCUAAGAUGUUAAGCCUUGUAAAGAGAACUGAAUUAAACCAUUACCUUUGUAAAUAAAUAUAUCAGUCAAUGUGUAUAA